UAACGCGCUCUUGCCCCCUCCCUCAAGAAAGCCGCAACGUAAAAUUUUGAGGGGGGAGAAAAAUCCCCUUUAAAAUCUAGGGUUAGGUUUAAGUGGGGCAAAAGAAAUCUCAAUCCAUUUCAAUUCAAUUUGAUUGAAACAUGGCAUCCGAGAAUUCCCUAAUCGAGGAGCUCCAAUCGCUGCAGAAGAAGCUAGGAAAGAAGCAAUCCUUCGAGGAGGCGGUCUCUUCGAUCCGGUCUCUCCUUCGAGAUCAUUACGCUUCGUCAUCUCCGUCCCUUCGCAAAUCGAUAUAUGCUGCGGUUUCUCGUGUUGCAACUGUUCUUCAGACUAGGUAUACAGCACCGGGGUUCUGGCUUGCAGGUUUAAGGCUCUUUGAACAAGCAGAAGGCUUGACCUCUGAUCGCUCGGAGAAGGAACACCUGAAGAAAUGCAUUGCGAGGGCUCGCGAACAUUUGAAUGAUAUGGAGAGUGAACCUCCAGCAUCAAACAUAAGGCAACCGGAUUCAAGAUAUCUAUUCGAAGGGCAUUUGACCGUGCAGCCUGAGCCUGCACCACCUGCAUGGCUUGUGGCACAAAAUAUGCUUACUACACUUGCUGUUGCACAAGAUAUGGCUUCUGUAUCAGAAUCUUCUCGAGUUCAGGACGAAAAUGGAAGUGGGACAGAAACUGCAAGGAUAGCUGAGCUUCCUGAAUCUGUUCGUGAAUUAUUAAACAAUGUUCAAGUUGGUGACUUUCUGGACCUUGACAGUGUCAUUGAAGCCUCAUUGCAGGAAAUUGGUGCUGGGCCACAGAGACCACCUCCAGCGUCGAAAGAAGUUGUAAAAAAUCUCCCUGUUGUCAAUGUCACCGAGGAAGUGAUUGCUAGGUUGGGGAGUGAGACAGAGUGUGCUGUCUGCAGAGAGAACUUGGUCGUUGGUGAUAAAAUGCAGGAGUUACCCUGCAAACAUCUCUUCCAUCCUCCUUGCCUGAAGCCCUGGCUGGACGAGAACAACUCAUGUCCCAUUUGUAGGCAUGAGUUGAGGACUGAUGAUCAUGCGUACGAAAGCUGGAAGGAGAGAGAAAAGGAGGCAGAGGAGGAGAGGAAAGGUGCGGCUAAUGCUCUGCGUGGAGGUGAAUUCAUGUAUGUUUGACAUUUUUCCUUCUCAGUGAUGUAAUUUAUUCCGUAUACUGGAGUUUGCUACUUUAUAUUAUGAUAGCAUUUAAAUUGUAUAAACAACGGGCACAUGAGAACUUUCCUUCUGUCCAUCGUAUUGAUUACUGUUAUAUCACAUUGAGUAAUUAAAUUCAUAUGAAAGAGCUAUGUAAGCAAAUGACAGAA